AUGACGGAGACCGAAGAAGGAAAACGCGUAGCAGAUACUAUCAUAGAGCAAAAAAACCGUUUUAAUCUGGCCAAUAAAGAUUUUGCCAUCCUGUACCGUACCAAUGGGCAGUCAAGAAUUUUUGAAGAGCAACUCAGAAGAUACAACAUUGCUUACCGGGUGUAUGGUGGCUUGUCCUUUUAUUCCCGCAAAGAGAUCAAGGAUCUGAUAGCCUACAUGCGAGUCACCAUCAAUGAUAAAGAUGAUGAAGCACUCAAAAGGGCCAUCAACUACCCCAGACGUGGCAUAGGUGAUAGUACUGUAGAUCAAAUAUCACAACUCGCCGAAGACAACGAUAUGAGUAUGUGGGAAGUGCUCACAAAAAUUGAAUUUAACAACCGCUCCCGUAAAAGUUUAGGUGAAUUUGUACAGUUGAUCCAUGCCUUCAAAACUAAAGUAGCAAAAUCCAAUGCUUAUGAAAUAGCAGACUAUAUCUACCGAAACAGUGGUAUAGAAAAGCUUCUGAAAGAUGAUAAAUCACCGGAAGGACUGGGAAGGGUAGAGAAUAUCGUUUCGCUUCUGGAUGGUAUUCAGGAGUUUGUGCAGGAUGACGAGCUGGAAGCAGGUGAAGAAGGUUCUACUGACAGAAGCCUAUCAGCGUAUCUUCAGACUAUCUCUCUGAUGACAGAUCAGGAUCAGAAAGAAGAAAAUCCUGACAAUGUCACCUUGAUGUCGGUGCAUUCAGCCAAAGGCCUUGAAUUCAAAUCAAUAUUUGUGGUCGGCUUGGAAGAAAACCUUUUUCCCAGCUACAUGGCACUGGUGGAUAGUAACGAUGUUGAUGAAGAACGUCGCCUGUUUUAUGUAGCCAUAACACGUGCUGAAGAACAUCUCUGUCUCACGUACGCCAACAGCCGAUACCAAUACGGCCAAAUGCGAUACAAUGACCCAAGCCGCUUCCUGGAAGAGAUUUCUGACAGCAAUCUUGAUUCCAUUAUAUCCAUUACAAAAAAACAGGAAUUCCCUGAGCCAAAGAUACUUGGCAAUUUCAAACCAUUGGGAUCCAAAAAACCCAUGCUUUCUAUCAAUCCUGAUGACUUUGUCGCUGCUAAUCCCAAUGACAUCAAACCAGGUAUGGAAGUCAUUCACCUGAAAUUUGGUCAAGGCAAGGUGCUUUCUGUGGAUGACCGUCUUGUAGCGACUAUCAUUUUUGAUGGAUUGAGUGAUACACCGGAGAAACGUAUCAUGCUUCAGUUUGCAAAAUUGCAGAUAGUGGAGUAA